AUGGCCGACCAAGGCGCUUCUCAGAAGGUCGAUAAAAAGGAAACAACCGAGCUGCUGAUUUUGCUUGAGGAAAUACUAAGAAACCAUCGGUCGAACAUGCUCCUUAUCAUGAUGUUUGUCACACUGGCCAGAUCUAGUGCACAUAAAAGAAAACGGGGUGGACGAGAUACGGCGGAGGAAAUGAUUGACUCCAUCCCUACUCAUGUCAAGCAGCUGGAUAGGCUCAUCCGUGUUUCUGAUCGUUCGUGUAUAGAUAAUCUGCGGAUGGAUAGAAACACUUUCGGAAGAUUAUGUCGCAUUCUGCGUUGUCGGGCUGGAUUAGCAGACCAAAAAUUCGUCACCGUGGAGGAACAAGUUGCUAUAUUCUUGUCCAUUCUAGCACACCACAAAAAGACUCGGGUUGUUGGCCACGAUUUCAUGCGUUCUCCUGAAACAGUGUCUAAAUACACACAUUUGGUGCUCCGUGGGGUGCUCAAUUUGCAUGAGCUGUUAUUAAUGAAACCUGAACCGGUUGGUGAUGACUGCACGGACUCACGUUGGAAGUGGUUUAAGCUUCGGUUCGUUUACGUACUGCCAGGAUGGGAGGGUUCGGCAGGUGAUUCGAGGGUAUUACGCGAUGCAAUCAGUCGGCCUCUCGGGCUGAAAGUACCCAAAGAUUGCUAUUAUCUCUGCGACAAUGCGUAUGCCAACAGCGAGGGAUUCAUCACACCCUACAAAGGCCUUCGGUACCAUUUGAAGGAGUGGGGUCAUGGAACCCAAGCACCGCAAACAGCCGACGAAUUGUUCAACUUGAAGCACUCUAAAGCUCGGAACGUGAUUGAGCGUUCGUUUGCUGUGCUCAAGAUGCGUUGGGGAAUACUUCGCAGCCCAAGCUUCUAUCCUAUCAAGGUCCAAACGGGCUUGAUAAUUGCCUGUUUCUUGCUUCAUAAUUUUAUACGCACUCAUAUGGAGGUGGAUCCGUACGAGGAAUUGGUUCUGGCUCAACAUGAAGACGGUUAUGAGAGUGAUCCCGAUGACCCUUUGGUGCCCACUAUCUCUACCGUCGCGCCAACACCCAUGUGGACGAAGAAGAGGGACGACCUUGCUGCUGCGAUGUGGGCUCAUAGGCCAAACGUUUGA